AUGAUUUCCACUAGCAGUGGUUACUUUACUGGAUGUCCAAUGGAUGGUUGUGAAACUACACUUAGUGGUUUUGUUGAUUUAAGUGUUGAUAAAUUUAAUGAACAUGUGGAAUGGCAACGAACUGACUUACUUACAAUUUCAUCACGUGGUUGUAUAUCAAAUGAACAAACUUCAUUAAUAUGUGCUGUUGAUACGGGAUAUGUCUCAAUAAAUGCUACAAAUGGACAAAUACUCUGGUCAAUUCCUCUUGAUAUUGAAGAAAAGACAAUUGCAGUAUCAUUACCUGUAAUAAAUUAUCAGGGAUUCUUAAUUAUUGCCAAUAGUACACGAUGUACAUUAAUUAAUCCUCAAGGUGCUAUUGUAGGCAUCUUUAAUUAUAUACCACGGUUAAUUCCUCCAUUAGCAGGACCAUUUGUAACAGAUGAUGGUCAGAUUAUUGUUGCUGAUUCAGUUUCAUUUGUAGGUAUAGAAGAUUCUGGCAUUCCAUUAGGUGUUCAAGCAUUUCCUCCUGGUCUUCUGCGUUUAUCACGAUCAAUGAGCCUUAAUUCAAAUAUCGAUAGGUGGUACUUAAUUGCACAACGUAAUUCAACUUUAUCUCAAGUGAUUAUAGCUGCAGAAACCACUGGUAGUAUUGUUGAUCGAUUACGUAUUGCUUGGAUAUACGAAUAUGGAAUACAAACAGAUUCAUGUAGUAGAAUGGAAGGACCACUUCUAUCAAUAGAUCGCAAAUGGUUAUUUGUUGUCAAUAUUACAGGAAUUCUAAUUAUUGCAGAUGAUGGUGAUUCAGCACGUACUGAACAUAUUGUUAUUCUUCCAAAUCUUUGUAUUAAUGAUAUGGUUUAUUCCGAAACAGAUUCAACACUUCUUCUUAUCGAUACACAUACAUAUAAUAUGAUUAUGUUAAAUGUAUCAACACGAAAUAUUUCAUAUAUUUCUUUAAAAGAUAUUUGUCAAGAAGAAAUCAUUGGACAACUUUCUAGAAUGACUAUUAUACAAAAUAAUCGUGUAAUCUUAGUUGUAAUUACAGCAACUCAUAAAGCAAUUUUACUAUUAAUUGAUUUUAAUCAUCGCAAUCUUCUAGCACGUCUUGAUCUUGGUUAUGUACCAGAAAGUACUACACUUGAACCAUUAACUCAACUAGCUUAUACAGCAAUCGACGAAAAACAAUAUUUAGUGACAAUUGCUCAUAAAACUAUCGGUUUAAUUGCCGUUCGAUUAUUGACAGACAAUCAAUAA